CCGGGGACACAAAUUACGGCGGCUGUCUGGUUUUCUCACCAACAACAAUCCAACCUGAUUGCAUUGCAGUGCAGCUAACUUAUUUUGUAAUUUGAGUUAUUAUUCUGAAGAUCAAAAUUCAUAGUUGUCGAGAUUAAAAAUAGUUUGGUGUACUUGACAUUUUACUGGUUGACUGAUUGGAUUGAGAAAAAUGGAGAACACGGAGAGGAUUCGGAAAGUGAUUUCAUCGCUUUUCAAAUUGAAUGGACUUCAAAUUCGCAGUGAUGCAACAAGUUACCUGGUUGGAAUUUUGGCACCCCUUCCAGGGCUAGAACCUGAACAAUGGGCGGAGCGCAUUGUCGACAGAAUUUUAAAAGUAAAGCUCAAAACUCCACUGGUCGACAAGGCCAUUGUAGAAACUGCUGUGAAGGAAUGUGGGAAAGGGACUGAUGAAGGACAAGAGGAACUCAUUACUCUCAUUUCGUCAUUCGAUGUGCCCAGGUACUCGUACAAUGCGGAUAAAAAGAAGUUCCUCCCGGUCACAGAGCCUAACGUACUGAUGGCUGGUGCCACACAUAAGGCUUUAAUUUACAGAAAUCGAUAUUCUAUUCUUCUUCAACGAACAUACCAUCACGAGCUUUUCAGCCCCAUUAUCAGAGGAGGCGAGUGGGAUGAUGCCCGAAAAAAAUUUCAACUUCGCCCUAUAGAGUUUCUUGCGGGAUCGAAUACGAAGGUCGUGGACGUUGUUGUACUAGGAAUGAUUAGUCAACUGAAGGAGGGGAAAUAUUUUAUUGAAGACAACACUGGGAGUAUGGAACUGGAUCUUUCCGAAACAAAAUUUCAUACGGGCCUAUACACAGAAAAUUGUUUCGUGCUAGCUGAGGGUAUGUAUGAUGAAGGGAUUUUUCAUAUAAAAGCUAUGGGACUCCCUCCUCCGGAAACGGCUUUGGUUACAAAAAGUUAUCAUGGGAGCGUUAAUUUUUUUGGUGGUAACCCAAAUGUAAUAAGUAAAGAACGCCUACGAUUAAUAGACAAGCAGAACGAAGGGGCCAUGUUUGUUAUCCUGUCUGACGUUCAUCUGGAUAAAAUUUCGGUUUUGGAAAAAUUAAGAAUACUCUUACAUGGAUAUUCAGAAGCUCCACCUGUUUUAUUUAUUAUAAUGGGAAACUUUUUAUCUGAACCUCAUGGGGUUCAAAGUGCCGUUGCACUAAAAGACUGCUUCAAGACCUUGGCUGACAUAAUUGCUGAAUUUCCGCCAUUAGUGCUCAACUCCAAGUUUAUUAUUGUACCUGGUCCAACAGAUCCUGGAUUUGUCAACAUUCUGCCAAGACCACCGUUUGCUGACUGUAUCACGCUGUACUUCCGUGAGAAGAUUCCAAAUUCAGUUUUUGCAUCAAACCCUUUUAGGAUAAGAUAUUGCACUAAAAAUAUCGUCAUAUUUAGGGAAGAUAUUCUCACAAAGCUCUGCCGCAACUCAAUAUAUUUCCCGUCAUCUGGCGAUAUACCAAAAGAAUUUGUCUCAACUGUUGUUGGCCAAGCUCAUCUGUGUCCACUUCCACUGCACAUAUGCCCUGUGUAUUGGAGCUUUGAUCAUGCCUUAUCACUAUAUCCACUCCCUGAUCUAGUUAUAAUUGGGGAUAAAGCCGAUCCAUUCACAGAGACCAACACGGGUUGCAUAUUUACUAAUCCAGGUUCCUUUCUGAAAACGGAUUACUCUUUCAAAGUUUACACUCCGUUUGAGAAUAAAGUUGAAGACUGUCAACUCCCAUCAGACUGACGACCUAGUUAUAUUAUUACGUUUUACAGUUUAUAUCAUAAAUAUUACCCAACAUCGUACCUUGAAAAAUUAUUUCCUGCAAUUGAUUUGUUUGGAAUUUAUUUGAGUGUUUACGACCUUCCAUGUGAUUGUGAAUAUGUUGGUGUUAACCGCUGAUUGAUUGCGGUUAUUUUACCAGAAUGCUCGGUGCAAAGAAAGUGCUAUCUAUUGAGAGGUUACAUCGGAAGUGAAAAUGAGUGAACAUUCCCAAGCACUGGUAUAAAUUGAAAUUGUACAUUUCCAUUUGCACUGACCUACUAGCUGUACUUAAUUGCGAUAACCAAGUCAAGCUCUGUAAGUAACCUAUGAUGACAUUUUUAUUGAUUUAAAUAUUUGUCUGUUUUCCUCACAUGCACAUGAUGUGUGCACAUAGGGUCUACAUAUUAUAGUGGAUUAGUUUUAACUCCUACACACAGUGAGUACACUUUUUUCAAUAAACAUGUUAGGUACAUAUAACUAAAGUUGUUAUAUUGCAUAACAGAAGAUCAAUUAAAAUCAAGAAUCUGCUUUCACCAUUA